AUGAGCGCACAGCUGAAGGUUGCCGUUCCUCGGCUAGCCUCCACCGUUCUCCUACUCGCUCGAAACCCAAAGCACCCCACAUCGGAUCAGCGACCAGCAACUGGAGGCAAUGCUUCAAAGGAGAACGACAUUCACGUGCUCAUUAUGAAGCGGCACGGCAAGGCACGCUUUAUGCCCGGCAUGUACGUGUUUCCUGGCGGCGGUGUUGAGGGUGGCGAUUACGCCACGGCGAAGCACUACCUCGCGGAGCACUACAACCUGCAUCUUAAAGAUGCUACGGACAAGAUGAUGACGACGCAGGACUUCAUUGAGUCGCGCGGGCAGCCGUCCGCAGAAGAGGCCGAGCUGGAGGCGUGGGCCUGCCGCGUCGGGGCCCUGCGCGAGCUCGCCGAGGAGACCGCAUGUGUAUUGCGAAGAGAUGGUCGCAUCUUUUCCGAGUCCGAAUGGAUCAAGUGGCAGAAGUCACGCAGCGAUGGUGCCGCCGGCGGCGCCUCCACCGCCCCUGUCUCGUCCCGUCCCGCAACGCCGCUUCCUAUCUACGACCUUUCUGCCGUCUCGAGCCUCCGUCCUGUUGCGCGGUGGGUGUCGCCACGGCAGUCAACGUACCGCUACGACACCUACUUUUAUGCCGCCCUGGUGAGCUCAGCGCUCGUCACCGCAGAGGCAUACGAUGCGGCACACGCGCCAUGCUCCACUCAGGCAUCGAGUGGUGACGAGGCGAAUGCUGGUGUGGGGGUUCGCUGCAUCCCACCACAGGAGCUGCCGCUCCUCAAUCAGGCCAGCGAGGUGUCGGAGCUGCUCUGGGUAAGUCCACUGGAUGCGCUGCGACGGCACGAAGACCCCAGCGAUAACUUCUCGCUCGCACCGCCGACGUACCUGCUUCUGCAUGCUUUGUCUCUGCAGCCCAGCUUUGCGUCGAUGGCGACGGCCUGGGCGGCAGCGCUAUCCUCCCCAGCAGACCCUGUAGCAAAGCCGUUAGGCGAUCUGCCGUACAGCAGCGUACUGCCCUGCGUGGAACCGCUCAGCACCAUGACGGAGGACGGGCGGCACAUCAUGGACUUUGUACUGCCGGCGCGCUACUUCCACGAGACGGGCUGGUCUGUGGCAGAUGGCGAGUACCUCUUCCCUGGCAAGUGCUGCGCCGGGCACAGGCACUUUAUUCACAUGUUUGUUGGCCGCGCUGGGGCGACAACAAGGGACAGCGCCACGGCGGACAAGCCAUGCACCAUCCUGCAUUAA